AUGAGGGCUCUCCAGGGCAAGCUGGUCUACGCUAACCAGGGCACCGUGGAGGACUUCCGACAGCUGGCGGAGGUGUAUGGUCUUGAUCUGAACGGCACUGUGGUCAUUGUCAAAUAUGGAGGCACUGGACGGGCGGACAAGGGUAUUAAUGCAGCCCGGUAUGGAGCAGUGGGGCUCGUCGUCUACACCGAUCCAGGGGACAUGAACGACGGCAAGGUGAGCGACAAGAACGAGACCUACCCUCACUCCUGGUACCUGCCGCCCUCCGGCGUCGAGAGAGGCUCCUACAAGCAGAACUUUGGAGACCAGCUCACUCCCUACUACCCCGCCAAAGAUUAUGCGUUCAGGCAGAAUGAAUCGGACAUAACUGGACUGUCGCCAAUCCCCGCACAGCCCAUUGGGUUUGAAGAUGCCAGGCAACUCAUCUGCUCCCUGGGUGGUCCUGAAGCCCCCAACACAUGGCAAGGUGGUCUGGGCUGUACCUACAGACUGGGACCUGGCUUCGACAGCCUGACCUCCUUCACUAACAGCAGUGAGGUCCGAGUCAGCGUGUUCAAUGAGAGGGUGGUGAGACCAUCAGAUAACGUCAUCGGUAUUAUCCGGGGAUCGCUGGAACCAGAUCGCUACGUGAUCUACGGGAAUCACCGUGACAGCUGGGUUCACGGGGCCAUUGACCCCAGCAGUGGCACCGCCGUCAUGCUGGAGAUCACCAGGGUGUUGGGCAAGAUGGUAAAGGAAGGAAAAUGGCGGCCGCGGCGUUCCAUCGUCUUCGGCAGCUGGGGUGCCGAGGAGUUUGGGCUGAUCGGCUCCACGGAAUGGACUGAGGAGUUCUACAAGACGUUGAGUGAGCGAGCGGUGGCGUACGUCAACGUGGACAUCGCAGUCUUCGCCAAUGCCACCUUUCGAGCCUCUGGUUCCCCGGCAGUCCAGGACGUUGUGUUCAGCGCGGCGAAACAGGUACCAGCUCCGGGUCACCAGGAUCGGACUGUCUACAGUAACUGGUUGAAGCAUUCGAGCCGAGAAAGUCCUCUCCACGGAACCAUCCCCUUCAUGGGCGCCCUGGGAUCGGGCAGUGACUACGCAUCUUUCUUCCACUAUCUCGGGAUCAGCGCCAUGGACAUUGCUUACACCUACAACAAGUCAAAGACGAGUGCUCGCAUCUACCCAGCGUACCACACCGCCUACGACACCUUCGACUACGCCUCUCGAUUCAUCGACCCAGGAUUCACCAGCCACCAGGCGGUGGCACGGACAGCCGGGAACGUGGUGAUCCGUCUCGCCGAUGCCUCCCUCCUGCCCUUCAAGGCCCGGGACUACUCCGAAGCCCUGGUCGAACUCUACCAGCAGGCCCAACAACACCUCGAGCCCACGCUGGCGCAACAGGGCAUCUACCUGGAACACCUACAGCGCGCCGUUAAUCGAUUCAGCGGCGCCGCAGAACGGUUCGACCUGCGAAUGUCCGAAAAUCGCGAACUUCUGAAGUGCCCCCUGCAGCAGCGGAUGAUGAAUGACCAGCUGAUGUCCCUGGAGCGAUCGUUCCUUGACCCCCUCGCCUUCCCCAGCAAGCUGUACUACCGCCACGUUGUCUACGCCUCGCGGAGUUCCCCGGUGCGGACAUUCCCGGGAUUAGCGGAUGCGGUGGAGGAGGCGGUGGUGGGGAGCGGGGACCCCUCACUGUGGGGGUCCGUGAGGAGACAGCUGGCCCUCCUCACCUACGCGCUGGAGAGCGCCGCCUCUGUGCUGGAGCCCCCCCUUGAUGGGGGUCUGUGAACCGAGACAUCUCCACCUCCAUCAGCCACCCCCUC